CUUGCUGUCUUCUUCUCCUGCUGUCAUCCCUUUCUCAUUCAUUCAUCCAUCUUCUCCCUCGUAGACCUUUCUCUGCUCAUCCGUGUUGACCAAUUGACUGUGACUCACCGGCGGCCCGAAAGGACAGCUCGCCAUGACCACCCGCUAUCGCGUUGAAUAUGCUCUCAAGUCUCACCGUCGAGACCAACUGAUUGAAUGGAUUAAAGGCCUUCUGGCUGUUCCAUUCGUGCUGCACUCGCAGCCCACUGCCGUCUACCAGGAACACAGCGAGAACCUGAUCGCUGUGGCGGCCGACACCCACCAACGCUAUGCUGAGAUCUUCCGCGAUGUCGAGAUGCUCAUUCGCGACCACAUUUCCCACGAGCAAAAGGCCGCCCCCGGCAACUCCAAGCUGAAGCUGCUAGUCCCCAGCGUCGGCACAUUCUUCACUCCCCUGUUUCUCGUGGAUGCCUUUCGGUACCAGGACCGUCAGCGUUUCAUCAGUCGACGCCGCUUCGUGGCCCCCUCGUUCAACGACGUCCGGUUGAUCCUCAACUCGGCUCAGCUGCUCGGUCUGGCCCGUUCCACCGGCGUCGACCUGGUCACCUUUGACGGUGACGUCACUUUGUACGACGACGGGGCCUGUCUCACCCCCGACAAUCCGGUCAUCUCCCGCAUGAUUCGUCUGCUGCUGCAGGGCCGCAAGAUUGGCAUUGUGACGGCAGCCGGCUACACGGAGGCCGAGAGGUACUACGAGCGUCUCAAGGGGCUGCUGGACGCGAUGCACGAGUCGGUCGCGUUGACAGAUGAGCAGCGGGCAGGCCUGGUGGUGAUGGGCGGUGAGAGCAACUUUCUGUUCCGGUACGACGGCGCGUCGCCGCACCGGCUGACGUAUGUGCCGCGCGAGGAGUGGAUGUUGGAGGAGAUGUCAACCUGGGCGGACGGAGACAUCACGGAGCUGCUGGACAUUGCCGAGUCAUCGCUGCGGGCGUGUGCGACCAAUCUGAAUCUGCCAGUGGCGGUGCUGCGCAAGGACCGGGCGGUGGGCGUGUAUCCGCUGGAGCGCAGCAAGAUCAGCCGCGAGCAACUGGAGGAGACGGUGCUGGUGGUGCAGAACACGGUUGAGCGGUCGGCCGUGGGAGCACGGUUGCCAUUCUGUGCUUUUAACGGGGGCAACGAUGUGUUUGUGGAUAUUGGAGACAAGGCAUGGGGUGUGCGUGCGUGUCAGCGCUACUUUGGGGGGAUUGAACGGGAGCGCACGCUGCAUGUGGGCGACCAGUUUUUGUCUGCUGGAGCGAAUGAUUUCAAGGCACGGCUGGCCUCGACGACGGCGUGGAUCGCCAGCCCAGCAGAGACAGUGCAGCUGCUGGACGAGCUGCAGGGUUUGUAAUGUGUGCUGUAGUUAUCUG